GAAGCCCCAGGUCCUCAGGUGACAGCGGAGGGAGACGUGGACCAUCAGAGAGUAAGGCAAGGGAGGCUGCGGCUUCGGCUGCCGAAACUGGAGAAUUGAGCGGGAGGAGGAAUCCGAGCACCGCCGAGAGGCUCCCUAAAGUCUAGCCACGGCCUCACUAUGUCGAAAGUUUCCUUUAAGAUCACACUGACCUCGGACCCGCGGCUGCCGUACAAAGUGCUCAGUGUUCCCGAAAAUACUCCUUUCACGGCAGUCUUAAAGUUUGCUGCAGAAGAAUUUAAAGUUCCUGCAGCAACAAGUGCUAUAAUUACAAAUGAUGGAAUAGGAAUAAAUCCUUCACAGACUGCUGGGAAUGUUUUCCUAAAGCAUGGCUCGGAACUACGAAUAAUUCCUAGAGAUCGUGUUGGGAGUUGUUAGUUUCUGCUGAAUGGAAAUUUACCAUUAUCGUUCCGAAUAAAUAUUGAUAUUUAUUUUGUAAUGUUGCAUUUGGACUAUCUACAAUUUUAUGUACCUAUUCCUAUAAGGACACUGACCUUUUACAUUAAAGAAGGAAUACAUCCCGUGAAUAAAACAGCUGCCUUAAGAAAGAAGCCAACCUCUCCUCUGCUACCUCACUACAUUUAUGAAAGAAGUUUCCAUUUAGUUUUAAAAUAGAAAGAUGAUAUUACUGAGAACUAAUUGUUUUCCCAGUAAAAUAAGAAAAUUAAGAUUUCUUGAGUUUAAAAUCAUGUGUCAACCAUAGAUUAAAUUAUUUGUCUGAGUUACAAAUAAGAAUUGCCAGAGAACAUAGAAAGAGGUGAAUAAGUAUGUAUAUUUUAAAUAGGGUUUAAGGUGAGAAUAACAGAUGAAGUGAUUAACAUGUAAACAGUUGUAUUGAUUGUCAUUUGGGUUUUCUAAGUCUUGACUCCAGUUUUUCAUUUGGAUUUCCAAUUAACUCAGAAGUACCAUCAACUGAACAAUUUGAACUUAUUCUAAUUAUGGAAAAUGGCACUUCACACCAGCUAGUCUACCUAUAUUCCUACAGAAUUGAAUGUAGUUAGUAGUGGGAAUUUAAAGUAAAUUUUAUGUAUCUGUUGCUGAGUUACAAUAAGUAUAUUCUAAGAACUGUCAUAUAAUCAUGAUCUUUUGAGGUGGAUAACUCUGCAUUGAAGUCUGAAAGAGAAUGAAUACCAUCGAGAAGACCUGAAAUCACACAAAGCCCAAAGAAGUGCCAUGAUCUACCCUUUAGUGUACUGAACCCAAAGUUCAAGGAGUCAGGCAGAGAAAAAGGAGACAGUUUAAGCACCAUGAUCACAGAAAACAGAAAAGUCAAGUUAAAACUGAGGUGGUAGGAACGAAAGAAAAGAGCAAGUCAUACGGGAGAUAAAAAGUAACUUCAGAGUGACCCACAAAAUCCAGAAGGAAUGAGAAUGAGUGCCAGAAGUGUCGAAA